AAUGCGCUUUGUUGUUCUUGUGGGACAGAAAGACGGAUACAAUAUUUCUAAGUCGUUUUAAACAGACCGGGUUAAGCAAAGAUACUAUUUUACAUGACUCAAUAUAAUCAAACGCCAACCAAGCGUGGACUUUAACCGAUGUCGUGUGGUGGAAAGCGGCGUAUUUGUGGGAGCAAGUUAGCUCAGCAUUGAGCUAGCAUAAGCUAACGUUGCUCCGGGAGGGUAUCCACUGUCCAGAUUGGAGCGGAAGGAAUUCCAGGCACUGGGAAGAAGGGGAGACAUUUCUGCUGGGAUGUCUCACGCAAGUUGGAAAAAACAUGUAUUUUACGGUUCCGACUCGAGUCAUGGUACUACGAACCUGAAGUAUGUGUUCAUUUGACUGAUAUCAAAUUGCAGGAACCUUUUGAUGGUGGUUUUUAUUAGCAGUUAACGUGUCAGAUUAGUGAGUUAGCCACGUAGCUAACGUUACGUAGCCCCCAGUGGGAAGACGUUUAAAAUGGCGGAGGGCUGGCCCAUUCCUUCGGCCGUUGUUUUCAUGCUGCUGAGUUUGAGUGCCUGGGCUCUGGAGUCUUGUCCUGCUCCGUGCUCGUGUUCAAAAGGACAAUAUGAUGUCCGUAUUCUGGACUGCAACAGGAAAAGGCUGUCGACGGCUCCUGGGGACCCACUGGACGGGAUAACCCAAGUCACCAUGAAUCACAACGAACUGACUGUUAUCCCCUUUCUCGGAGAUGUGUCCUCAAAUAUCACGUCGCUGUCACUAGUCCACAAUCGGAUCUCAGAACUUUUGAUGCAUCAGCUGCAGCCAUACGUUUCCUUGGAGACAGUGGACCUGACAUCCAACUCAAUCUCAGAGCUCAGAGUCGGAUCCUUCCCCUCCAUGCAGCUGAAAUAUCUGAAUUUGAGUAAUAACAGGAUCAGCGUCCUCGAGCCCGGCUGCUUUGAAAACAUCUCAAGCUCCCUGCUGGUGCUGAAGCUGAACAGGAACAGAUUAGCUGUGCUGCCAUCCAAAGUCUUCAAACUUCCACAGCUUCAGUUCCUUGAAAUGAAGCGUAACAAGAUCAAGAUCGUGGACAGUCUGACAUUCAAAGGGAUGGACUCACUGAGGUCACUGAAGAUGCAGAGGAAUGGCAUCACGAAGCUCAUGGAUGGAGCCUUCUUUGGACUCAACAACAUUGAAGAACUAGAGCUGGAGCACAACAACCUAACAGAGGUCAACAAAGGCUGGCUGUAUGGACUGCGCAUGCUGCGCGUCCUGCGGGUCAGCCAGAAUGCUGUCGGCAUCAUCCGACCAGACGCCUGGGAGUUUUGCCAAAAGCUGGAGGAACUAGACUUGUCCUUCAAUCAUCUGACUCGACUUGAGGAGACAGCUUUUGUUGGAUUAGGUCUCCUGGAGAGCCUGAACCUCGGAGAAAACUCCAUCAGCCAUUUGGGGGAGGGAGUGUUCAGCGGCCUAGCAAGUCUGCGCAACCUAGAUAUCCGCAAUAAUGAAAUCUCCUGGGCCAUUGAAGACUCCAUCGGUGUGUUUGAUGGAAUGAAGAAGCUGAACACACUAAUCAUACAGCGGAACAAAAUCAAAUCAAUCACUAAGAAAGCGUUUGAGGGCCUGGAGGAGCUGGAGCACCUGGACCUCAGCAAGAAUGGCAUCAUGUCGAUACACCCCGAGGCGUUGUCCCAUAUGAAGCUCAAAGUGUUCGUCCUGAACACGAGCAGCCUGCUGUGUGACUGUCACAUGCAGUGGCUCGGGCCCUGGCUGACUGUCAGCCAGUUCCAGCAGUCUGUCUCCGCUGUCUGUGCUCAUCCUGCCGGCCUACUUGGUCACAAUGUCCUGUCUGUCAGCCCGGAACAGUUUGUUUGUGAUGAUUUCCCCAAGCCUCGGAUCACAACCCACCCGGAGACGUACGUGGCGAUGCGGGGCAACAACGUGACCCUGACCUGCGUGGCGUCCAGCAGCAGUGACUCACCGAUGACCACAGCUUGGCGGAAGGACGGGGAGGUGCUGUAUGAUGCAGAGGUGCAGAACUACGCCCAGUACCAGGAGGGAGAGCUGAUCUACACCACUGUGCUGCACCGCCUCAAUGUCAACUUCACCGAUGAGGGGCGCUACCAGUGUGUGGUCUCCAACCACUUUGGCUCCAACUACUCCAACAGGGCCAAGCUCACUGUGAAUGAGCUGCCAACAUUUCUUAAGACUCCCAUGGAUCUGACGAUCCGGACCGGGACCAUGGCCAGGCUGGAGUGUGCCGCUGAAGGCCAUCCAUCACCCCAGAUUGCUUGGCAGAAGGACGGAGGCACUGACUUCCCGGCUGCCCGGGAGCGCAGGAUGCAUGUGAUGCCAGACGAUGACAUAUUCUUCAUCGCCAACGUGAAGACAGAAGACAUGGGAGUGUACAGCUGUACGGCUCAAAAUGCAGCUGGCAGCCUGUCUGCAAACGCGACUCUCACCGUCCUGGAAACUCCAUCCUUCAUGCGGCCGCUGGAAGACAGAACAGUGGCGCGUGGUGAAACCGCCGUACUUCAGUGUAUAGCCGGCGGCAGCCCCGCCCCCCGUCUCAACUGGACCAAAGACGACGGGCCUCUGCUGCUCACUGAGCGCCACUUCUUCGCUGCAGCCAACCAGCUCCUUAUCAUCGUCGACGCCGGUCCUGCCGAUGCCGGGAAAUACACCUGCAUCAUGUCGAAUACUCUGGGAACAGAACGCGGCCACAUCUACUUGGGCGUCUCGCCAUCGCCCAACUGCGAAACGGGCACGGGAUACAACCAGGACGGCUGGACCACCGUGGGCAUCGUGGUGAUUGUGGUGGUGUGUUGUGUGGUUGGAACCUCGCUGGUCUGGGUCAUUGUCAUCUAUCACAUGCGCAGGAAAAGCGAGGACUACAGUAUCAGCAACACAGAUGAGAUGAAUUUGCCAGCAGACAUCCCCAGCUACCUGUCCUCUCAGGGUACUUUGUCAGAGCCUCAGGAAGGCUACAGUAACUCUGAGGCUGGCAGCCACCAGCAGCUCAUGCCUCCCCUUUCCAAUGGAUACGUCCACAAGGGCACAGACGGUGUGUGUUAUGGAGACACGGCAAAUGAGGUGGAAACUGAGGGGAACGGCAUGCUGCACUGCAGGGUUGGCUCUCUGUUCACUGGCCGGAGCAGCUUCCACCCUGGAGAGCCCCAUGAGGGAAUAGUUGGACUCCCCACAGGUGGCGGUCCAGGCCCGCUGGUCAUCUGCUCCGACUGCUACGACAGCGCCAACAUCUACUCUCGCACGCGGGAGUACUGCCCCUACGCCUAUCUGGGGGAGGACGACCCGCUCGACAAGACUCUGCCGGGCCUGAAGGAGAGCUUCGGUGAGCAGGCCCAGCACGAGGAUCGGGCACUGGAGAGCCUUAUUAGCAACCUGGACUCCAACUUUCACACCUCUCAUGACAAAAGGUUGAGCAGCCACAUCCCCCCGGAGCACUAUGCUAAUGAUUAUCUCAGCAGGUCCUUCUGGGGACAAGGCGAAGGUCCGUCCACGAAAGCCCAAGCAGGCGCGUUGCAGCACCCAGUGACAGUACACAGGACGCCUCCUCUGACGUCCACUGCCGACGGGGCAGAGGACCCGAGUGAAGCAGAGGCGGACUGUUUCCCCGGCCGAUGCACACAGGACCACAGAAGUGCCUCUGAUAGGACUAACCCUCAGGAGCAUCCUGCUCCCACAUAGGUCCUCCCACCUCCACCCACGUUCUGCCUCUGACCCCCUUUGCUGCAACCCCUCCCCCACCCCGCCCUCCCUUUACCCACUACCUCCAAAGAGACUCCUCACAUUCUGCCAAAGAUGCUCUCUUGUAUGUUUACAUUCCCCUUUUCACUCAAGAGGACAUACGAACGUUCUCCAUCACUGUGGAGCGGCCGCCGUGUCGGACUGGAGAAAUGGACCAGCGAUUCGAUUUACCUCCUCGUUGACCCCCCCCCCCCCCUCCUCUCCCCACGUCCUCCACUCUUUUUGUUCUCUUUCUAGAGAAAGGCUAUGAAUGUAUGCUUUAAAGAGCCAUGUCGGAUGCUGCCGUGAGAGAACGCCAAGGCGUGGUGGAGUCUUGGCGAUCUCUCUCCUCCGUCCCCGCUGCUGUGGAGCUGAAAUCUUUUUGCGCCAGCGCACGUCACGCUGGCGUGCCGAUUGUAGUUUCCUGACCAGCAGUUUGUGGUUGUUGAUAUAGGAAAGAACAUUGAAAACAUAUGCGCCCUACAUUCCCACAGCCAUCCCGACUGACUCAAAGCUAUGCCGUCUGGUAUCUUGUUAUGCAAAUCCCAGAGACAUUGACACCAGAAUGUGGUGUAUAU